UGGCAGUUCCGGCGGCUGGUGGAGACGCGGCCACACCCGCCGACGUUUACGCUUCUUUCUCGUUGAAAACCGAAUAAAUGACCAUGUCGGCGAGAGCCGUGAGCCUGCUGGCGGUCCUGGCGUCGUUCUGCGUGAACACCUGUCGGUCCGAGGCAGAAGAUCGAGGCUUCACCGGUACUGAGACCACCGAUGGGGUGUGGGUCAACUCACCGGCCCAGACCGCCCUGAGCAGCAGCCUGACCACCGUCUUCCUCCCCAUUGUCUACAUCAUCGUCUUCGUGGUUGGCCUCCCCACCAACGCCAUGGCGCUCUGGGUCUUCCUCUUCAGGACCAAGAAGAAGCACCCGUCCUCCAUCUAUAUGGCCAACCUUGCCCUGGCAGACCUGCUCUUCAUCAUCUGGGUGCCGCUCAAAAUCGCCUACCACUUCAAUGGCAACAACUGGAUCUACGGCGAGGGCCUGUGCAGGGUUCUGGUGGCGUUCUUCUACGGGAACAUGUACUGUUCCAUCGGCUUCAUCGCCUGCAUCAGCGUGCAGCGCUACUGGGCCGUGGUCCACCCACUGUCCCAGGGGCAGCGGGACAACUGCGUGGCCGUGGGGGUUUCGGUCGCCGUGUGGGUGGUGGUCUGGCUCAUCACCAUCCCGCUCUACCUGUACGACCAGCAGGUGAAGGUCAGCAACAUGGGCAUCUUCACCUGCCACGACGUCACGAAGCCCAGCCAGAAGAAGACAGCGGCGGGCUACUUCCUGACCAUGGGAACGCUGGGCUUCGUGGUGCCCUGCGUCGUGAUCAUCAUCUCCUACGUGCUGAUGCUGAAGGCGCUCCGCACCAGCAUGACGGACCCCACCAUUGCCAAGAAGCGGCGCAAGGCGGUGGUGCUGAUCGUGACGGUGCUGGUCAUGUUCGUGGUCUGCUUCACGCCCAGCAACAUCAUGCUGCUGGUGCACUACGUCCUGCUGCUGCGCGAGGCGCCCAACAACUUGUACGGCUUCUACAUCACCACGCUGUGCCUGGCCAGCCUCAACAGCUGCAUCGACCCCUUCGUCUACUACUUCAUCUCCGAGGAUUUCCGCCAGCAUGUCAAGAACACCUUCCUGUGCCGGAGCGAGCGGACGGUGGAGAGGAUGCGCGUCUCGUUCAGCGCCCUCAAGUUCUCCCGGAAGACCAACUCGUACACGUCCAGCUCUCGGAAUACGGAGAGCAGCCACUGCUAACGGAACUACAGCCCAUAGAAAGUAGAUAUUUUUACCAUUUUCGGAAGCAGUUACUGAAUGCUGGCAGUUUUUUUACCUUGAAGUCUGAGUUGGUGCCAACUGUUUUUAUCAAAUAAACCAAAACAUUUUAGUCUCUUUAUGUUAAACCCCACAAUAUUCUGUGAGGAACAGGAACUCACUGCUCAGGAGGGAAAAACCUCCCCCCGAGUUCUGAACCCAAAUCCUGAAGAUCCAAAAUUUUUAUCCCAUUUUUAAUUUUAUUGUGUCCUAAUUUUUUUUAAGAUCUUGAUCCUGUAUCAAACUGAUUUUUGAUCAAUAUUUAUUUACAUUAAACGGGCACGUCACAUGAGCCAUAACAUUAUGACCACCUGUCAGAUUCUGCUGACCAAUAGUUUUUUGAUUUUGUGUGAUUUCUAGAGCUGUUUUUCUUCAUGGACUUGUUUUGAAAUGGUUACAAAGCAAAUAAAAGCUUUUUUAGUAGUUUAAUAGUUUUUUUUAUCAUUCAUUAAUAUCAUUUAAGUUAUAGAUGGAUCUAGUUAGAUUAGUUAUUAUUAGGUUUUUUUGAACAACUGAUCAGCAUUUUUUGUGCCUCAAAUAAAAUAUAUUUAAAAGCAACUUCGAAAUAAUGCUUUAAAUCAUGUUUACCUGUAAGAUAUUCACCACUCCAAAAGAUCAUCCAAAAUUUCAAUAUUAAUAUUAAUCAUCUGUCAGUAGAAUUAAAUAUUUAAUCCUAUAACAUAUUUUAGCUGAGAGUGUCAUGGUGCAAUUACGUUUCUUUUCCCCUCUUUGAUAAUUUUUUAAAAUAAUUUAAGUCACAAACUAAGUUCUGCCUCCGAGCAUGGCGGUCCAUGAAGGAACUGAAUUGCCCAUCCCUGGGUCAAAGGGGACGUGGUUGGUCAACGGUCGCCACAGAGGCCGCCUCAUUCAUGGAAAAGUUUCUGAAGAAGACAAACUGGAUAUGUUGCGCAGGUCUGCUUGUUUUAGGGGAAAAAAGUGGUGCAGUGCAAGUUUUUAUAAGCUAAAUGACAGAAGAAGAAGACGUCUUAUUUUAAUCUAACAUCACGCUGCAGGGAACAUUCUGCUGUUUGUUUUCUUUUUUCUUCCCUCCUCAGAAACAAUGUUUUAUUAAGACGAACGCGUGGAGAAGCGUGUAGCAGGUGAGAUGUAUUUUGAGAUAGAAAUAACUGAUAAAUAUGGCGGAUAAUAAAAAUAAAGUAUGAAUCUAUGUUAAACAAAAUACAGACCUGAUCACGUGACUUUGUAAGCACGCUCUAAAGUGUUUGUUUUAGUUGUAUU